AUGAAUAAGAAGAGAAACACAGUAUAUCUUCCAGAGGAUUUGGUAGUAGAGAUACUCUCUAGGGUUCCGGAUGCUUCCCUCGCACGGUUCCGAUCCAUAUCCAAGGGAUGGAAUGCUCUGAUCAAAAAAGAAGAGAGACUUGCAAAGAAGUCUCAGAUUCUCAUGUUGAUUGAUUUUAGGGUUUAUUCAGCGAGCGUUGGUCUCAAUGGCAGCCAGGAAAACGUUGUAAAGGCAACAACAAGUCAAUUCAGCCUCAAAGACACUCUUUCAAAUCCUUCGAAAGAAGUCGCUAUACGCAACGUCUUUCACUGCGACGGCUUAUUGCUAUGCACCACCAAGAACAAAAGGCUUGUGGUUUGGAACCCACGUUCAGGAGAAACCAGAUGGAUCAAACCUAGAAAUUCCUACAAGGAACACGCUACCUAUGCUCUAGGUAAAUCCUCUUGCAACAAGUACACAAUCUUGAGGAUGUAUGGUCGUUCUAACGUAGGCCCAGUGAAGUUCGAAACCUAUGACUUUACCUCUAAUUCGUGGAGGAGUAUUGUUAAGAAAUAUAUAAAAUGGUGUAUACCGCAGAUGUGUAGUAGUGGCACGUCUGUGAGUGGAAAUACAUACUGGCUUGCUCAUAGUCAGAUUGGGAAUGGUGAGAAAGUCUUACUAAGUUUUGACUUUUCAAUCGAGAGAUUUGGACUUGUGAAUCUUCCUGGUAAUGAUCUUUCUUCUCGUGUUGAUGGUUUAUCUGUGACUAGAGAAGAUCAUCAACUUUGUCUGCUGAUUACUCAGAGCGGAGAGGUAUUCGAUACAAUAGAUCUAUGGAGGGCAACUAAGAUUGAGACUAAUUUUAAUUUUUGUAAAACUAAGACUGAGACAUCAUGGAGCAAGUUCCUAUCAGUGAAAACAGCCCAUGUCUACCAUUGGGUCCAUCAACGUCGUUGGUGGUCGGCGAAUUUCUUGGCCGACCGAGAGACUAAUGUUUUACUGUACCGCGGUAUGUAUUUGUCCGCUAAAAACUCCAUACACAUUGUGGGAGAGGAUAAGAACAUACAAGUAGGUUAUGAUGAUGCAGGAUCUGAUUGCUCACUUCUCUUCAGCUAUGUUCCAACUUUGGUUCAAAUCAAAUAA